GGAAGUAGUGGGUGCUGAAGUCAUGUGACAAUUAUUUCCUUUCCCUUGGCUCACUGAAACUGUUGAGCUAUUGUGUGAAAGAAAAUAGGUUGUUCUUUGCUGUGUUUAUUUUUUUCGUGAAUGUGGAAAUGACGAUAAUAUUCUUCUGAUUUGUUUAUGUUGGAAGGUAUUACCGGUUAUGCAGUAGGGUGUGCAUCGUGUGAAGUUUCUUCCGAAAGGUCUGCAUGAACACUUCUGGAUUAAUGUGCCAAACUUCAGAAGAGUUUUGGAAAUAUAGACGUUUUACUGUGAAACAUCUUUACUCAGCUUUUUUUGGCCAGAUGUUUUGAUGAGCAGCGGAGCUACAUCUUUCUUUCAGUCAUGCUGCAGAACCCAGUGACUGUAGAAUCUCUCAUUAUUUUUGCAGUUGUGUUAUGCAUCCACACUAUAGUUUGGGAUAAGUUAUCAUGGUGUGCUGUUGCUCUGGCACUUCAAGCCUAUUAUGUCCAACACAAAUGGGACAGAUUGCAGAAGUCUGGAGGGGCAGUUUUUCAGUACAGGCAAGCAGUCAGCACUGGUGUACUCCCGGCCAGCAUGGUCAUUCCUUUGCUUGGAAUUGUAAUAAAGGAGCAUUGUGGGUCAGUCGGGAAUGUGAAUAUGGCACGAUUUGGGAUUCUACUUGCAGCUAUUGGUAUGGCUCUGGCACUGUUCGUGUCCCUGAUAGCUUUGGGCAUCACAAGACCAAUACCUAAAAACACUUGUGUCCUAGCUGGGAUCAUAGGAAGUGGUAUUGUCUAUACACUGAAGCAUUUGUUGACUGUCUCUGAGGUUAUUGAAGUCUUAGAAAUCCUUUUAAUUUUUGUCUACCUCAGUCUGAUUAUACUUUGGCUACUACCUCGGAGCUUUACCCCUGGUGAAGCAUUACUAGUUAAUGGGGGAAUUAGCAUUGUCAUAAACCAGCUAAUAAAGCGAUCUUUGAAUGUAGGAGAUAGCAGAAUGGACCCAGUGUUCCAUUUCCUUCUUGUGGUACUUGUAGGAGUGUUUCUGAUGGGCAUCUUCUUUACUGUGUUUUUCUACUUUAUGGACUCUGAAACGUGGAUAUCUUCAUUAUUCUUCCACAUGAUGACUGCAGUGCUGGGUUUGGGCAUCAUAAUGCCCUGGCUGUAUCGUCUAAUGAAGACAAACCCUAUCAUGUGGCUGUUUGGGUUUUUGUUUCAAACUCGAACAAGAAUCAUUCUGCUAUGCUUUUGGACUCUGUUAGCAGUUGCUGCUUGCUGUGUGGUUUUGUAUCAACAUUUCAGAAACUGCUCUGGAACAAAAAAGAACACUACUUCAACAGUAGUAAGAAAGUACUUCCACUUCAUUGUAGUGGCUACAUAUGUUCCAGGAUUAAUUUAUGACCACCACCUCCUCUAUGUGGCUGCUGUUAUCUGUUUUGCUGUGUUUGUUUUUCUGGAAUAUGUGCGGCAUUUCAAAAUCAAGCCCAUGGGACAUUUACUGAGUAAGACGUUGAGUGUUUUUAUUGAUGAACGUGACAGUGGGCCUCUUAUUUUGACCCAUAUAUACCUCCUUCUAGGGAUGUCUCUUCCUGUUUGGCUUUUUCCAGAGCCAUGCACUCAUAAGGGGUCUCUCCCUGGGAUAGGAGGCCUGGUACCCUAUGCUGGAGUGCUUGCUGUUGGCAUCGGGGACACUGUUGCCUCCAUUUUUGGCAGCACUCUGGGAGAAUUCAAAUGGCCAGGGACUAGAAAGACAUUUGAAGGCACUGCAACAUCAGUAUUUGCCCAGAUUAUCUGUGUUGCAGUAAUUCUAAUCUUUGACCACAAUGUUGUUCUUAAUGCUGGCUAUGGGUGGAUUCUUGGAUCAAUUACAUUGGUAUCUCUGUUGGAAGCUUAUACUGACCAAAUAGACAAUUUUAUUUUACCUUUGUACCUUUAUUGCCUAUUUAUGGUAUGAAAAUGGAAUCUGUAGUUAAGACAGAGUUGAACUUUCUAAUUGCCAUUUAAAUUUUACACGUAGUUUCACUCUGCCAUUAGGCUACUGUGUUUCAGCAGUAUCUUCUUUAAUCACAAAUGAAAACUAGAUAAGUUAGGAUAUGCACUGUAAGUGUGUGUCUCAGAUUCAUGUGCAAAAAGUAUUUUGUUAAAAAAAAAAUGUAUUGCUGCUAGAUUUUGAAUUGUCUAGAUUGCAAAGUACUUUGCUGUAUAUCCAUGUGGAAGUAGUUUUUACACAAAGACCUUUUGUUUUAAGUACUUUUUUUGCUUAUACUGCUGUAUUUGUGUAACACUGGUAAUGUGAAUGGUGGUAAUGAAACAUUCGCUGAAGCACA